AUGGCUAUCUUACGGCCAGCUUUCAACAUACUGACGAUCUGCGGAUGCUGGAGGCCGUGCUCGUGCCGAACGACACGCGCCAAGGCCGCGUACAUCGUUUACACGAUGUUCGUGGUACUUUUAUUGCACAGCUUCUGCAUCUCGCAAUUUUUCAACGUGAUACUGAACUUGAGAACGGCGGACGAGCUGAGCGAGAGUUUCUACAUGUUCAUCGCGUCCGUUCUGUCCUGCUGCAAGAUCGUCACGCUGCUGACGAACCACGGAAGCAUCGAGAUCCUCCGGAGGAGACUGGAGGAGGAGCCGUGUAAACCUGUGAGCGCCGAGGAGGCUGUCAUACAGAGUAAAUUCGACAGAAACAUCGGGUCGGUGACGAUUUACUACACGAUUCUGGUGGAACUCACGGUCCUCUGUAUGAUCCUCUCUUCGUUGCUCGGCGACUUUAACGAGCGGGAACUGGCGUACAGAGCCUGGCUGCCCUUCGAUUACUCUCUGCCAACUUACUAUUACAUCGCGUACGUUCAUCAGAUCGUCGCGCUGAUCGGUACGUCGCUUUCGAACGUCGCCUGCGACGUGAUCAUCUGCGGGUUGCUCGUUCACGCUUGCGGCCAACAGGAGAUUCUCAAGCACAGAAUGAAGGAGAUGACGCAGGAACAGAGGCCGAAUAUCGGGAAAAUCGUUCGUUUCCACGAUUAUCUUUACGGGUACGUUUUCACGAUGCAAGAGAAGUUCAGAUGGAUAAUAGGCGUGCAGCUUUUAUCGAGCACGCUGGUAGUGUGUUUCAUCCUGUACGAAUUGGCGAACACGCCUCCAAUCAGCUCCAAGUACCUGCAAUUUGUCCUGUACCUGGCCUGUAUGAUGACGCAGAUCUUCUUUUACUGCUGGUACGGCGAGCAGUUGAAACUGAAGAGCGUCGAGAUUGUGCGCACGAUCUUCGAAAUGGAUUGGAUACCUCUCCAGAACGGUAUCAAGAAGGAUUUGAUAGUCGUGGCGAGAAGAGCGAUGAUCCCGAUCGAGUUGACCUGCGCGUACAUGUUCACCAUGGACUUGAACACCUUCGUCAGCCUGUUGAAAAUGUCCUACUCGACGUACAAUCUGCUUGAAAGGAGGAGCGACAAAGAGGAGAGGAGAGGAAGGAUGGAUACUCUAAGCUGGACGUUCAAGCUUCUGACGGUGAACGGUAUUCUGGCACCGUCCGCUUUCAUGUCUCAGUGGCAGACGAUUUUGUACGGGAUGUACAUGUUCUUCAUGGUGUCGAUGCUCUACGCGAUGGAGUGCUGCCUGAUCUUGGGCAUGAUAUUCAACGUGGACAGUCAGGAGGAUUUCAGCGAGAAUCUGUAUAUCACGUUGAUACUGAUGUGCAGCUGUUGCAAAAUCUACAUGCUGGUCACUUCUGCGAAGGGGAUCAAAGUUAUGGUGGACGUCCUUCGAGAGGAGCCUUUCGUGCCUAUGAACAGAGAAGAGAACGAGAUUAGAGUGAGAUUCGAGGAGAAAAUCGAGAGUAAUUGGAACGCUAAGGCUUACACAUAUUUCCUGGACAUCUUGGUAGUCGUUUUAUGGAUAACAUCGUACUUCACGGACUACAGGCGCAGAAAAUUCAAAUUUCGCGUCUGGUUACCUUACGACACUACUACACAACCUGUCUUCACUCUGAUCUACUGUCAACAGAUCGUCUGCACGUGGUACAGCGUGAAUAUUAACGUCAUUUGCGACUGCCUGUUCAGCGGCCUGAUGAUACAGAUUUGCUCAAUCUUACGGAAGAUGAAACCUACUCGGCGAAACUUGAACGAGAAGCUUGGAAAUGUCUCGAGUAUACAGUUCGCGAUAAGCACAGGAGCGAUAUGCUUCAAUCUCUAUCGAAUGUCGGUGAUAGAACUCGGUCCAAAGUUUGUGGAAGCGUUAACUAUCACAAGUCUCGAAAUUGUGGACAGAGUAACGAACAGUAAUAUAACCGUGUCGGACGAAAGCUCCAAGAAGAUUCUGGUAUUGAUGAUACGACGAGCUUUGGAGCCUGUCGAGUUCACCGGCCUUCGUAUCAUGUCUGUUAAUCUCGAGUCAUUCACGUCGCUGUUGAAAUCCUCCUACGCGGCUUUCAAUAUGCUCCAGGAAAGAAGGGAAGACCAAAUCAUGGACCUAAUCGUGAACGUGACGACUCAAGACGAGUUUAGCGACAAUUUUUACAUACUUCUGGCGUGUGCGAUAUCCUUGCAGAAAGCACAGAGUGUGUUAAACAGUCGUAAGAAUGUCCACCGUAUGAUCGAUCUUUUGAACAGCGAACCUUUUCAUCCAGAAUGUAAGGAGGAAAUCGAGAUAAGAAGUAGGAUCUCCGAGCACGCCAGAAGAAGCUCAACCUAUUACGCGAUUCUGGUCGAAUCGACGGUGAUGACUUUGUCUUUCGGUGCACUGUUGAAACCAGAAUCACGUCCUUUACCGUAUCGAAUUUGGCUACCUUGCAAUUACACCCCGUUAAUUACUUACUGUUCGAUUUACACUCUCCAAUGUGUGGCACUCGCUCUAAGCGCUAUGAUGCACGUCGCCUGCGACAGUUUGAUCUGCGGCCUGCUGUUACACACUUACGGCCAGAUCGAGAUCCUCGGUUGUCGUCUGAAAACGAUAAAAGAAAACGAGAGUAAGACGUCCAAGUUGUGCGUUCGUUACAACAACCUUAUCUAUCGAUUCACCGCUAUGAUAAACGAGCAAUUCGAGAUGGCGAUUUUCACUCAAUUCGCGGUGAGUACGCUGGCGAUAUGCUUCAAUCUUUACCUAUUAACAGGAUCAGAUGUGACGCCGAUUAGGUAUGUGGAAAUAAUCAUGUACAGCAGUUGCAUGCUCACGCAAAUAUUCAUUUACUGCUGGUACGGGAACGAAGUUAAGCUGAAGAGCCUCGAGAUUUCUAAUAUGAUUUUUCACCUCGACUGGACACCGUUCGAUAAAGCUACAAAACGAAAUAUACUAACUAUGAUGAUGCGUGCGUCGUCGCCAAUUGAAAUCAUCAGCGUUCGUGUGCUCUCCGUGAAUCUCGAUUCGUUCGUCGCUUUGCUGAAAACUUCUUACUCGGCGUACAACGUUCUCCAACGCGGCGAAGGCUAA